AUGACUCGCGGACUACAACGAGCUAAAGAAACCCAAGACCUCUCCACUCAUCAAUUUGGAUCUACGUUGAGAGGACGCGUCACCGCUGUCAAUGACGGCGAUGGGUUUCGGUUCUACCAUACGCCUGGUGGUCGCCUCGCUGGGUGGGGGUGGUUGCGGAAAGUGCCUACCUCUAGAGGUGAUUUGAAAGGUCAAACUCUACCUAUCCGCAUAGCCGGUAUCGACGCCCCCGAACGUCUGCAUUUUGGACGGCCGGCCCAACCGUUUAGCGACGAGGCGAUGUAUUUCCUCCAGCUGUUAGUCCUGGAGAAAAAUGUCAAAAUCAUCCCGUACCUGGUUGACCAAUACAAGCGAGUAGUGGCUCGAGUCACCGUACGAACAAUUUCCGGGCGUAAAGACGUUGGGGAAAUUAUGGUCAAGAAGGGCAUGGCGGUGGUGUACGAAGCCAAGACUGGCGCUCAGUAUGGUGAUCGCGAGCAGGUGUAUCGGCGGUUGCAGGACCAGGCUCGCAACCGCCGUGUCGGUCUCUGGCAAAACGAGCAAGUGGUUACACCUAUGGAACAUAAACGACAGUACCGCAAUCAAGGCUCAAGCAAGCCAGCCCCUGCUGCGAAACCAAAACCAAAACCGGCAAAUCGCAAACCAGCCAAACCCAAGGCUAAGCCCGCUAAGGCCGAACCGCCCGCAAAGCCUCGAAGUAAAGCGAAACCCACCCCAGCCAAGGCUCACGCGAAGCCGCAUCUGCAGCAGCUCCGAACGCGAAUUGUCAUAGCACAGUAA